AUGUCAGAUCACGAGUUUGCGGGUAACGACGACUUAUCGUUGCCCAAAGCCACCGUCCAGAAAAUUGUCACAGAGAUCCUGCCCAGCAGCACCGGCCUUUCCUUUGCCAAGGAAGCUCGCGACGUCCUCAUUGAAUGUUGUGUCGAGUUCAUCACCCUCAUCUCAUCGGAAGCCAACGAGAUCUCGGAAAAGGAGGCAAAGAAAACCAUUGCCUGCGACCAUAUCACAAAGGCCCUCGAGCAGCUGGGCUUCACAGACUACGUCAGUAUCGUCAUGGAGGCGGCGGCGGAACACAAGGAGGUGCAGAAAGGGCGGGAGAAGAAGCAGGACAAGUUUGCAAACAGUGGCAUGAGUAUGGAGGAGCUGGCACGGUUGCAGGAGGAGCAGUUCGCACAGGCAAGGGAGCGGCAUGGAUGA